AUGAUGAUGUCAGACAUUGCUAAAGACAGAACGGCUCAUUUACUGAAGAAGAGGGGCAGUGUGUCUUCUUUAAGUAGCCAUGAGUUCCGGCGGAAAGAGCCUCGUGGGCGCACCAAAGACUCUCUGAGUACAGUGUCUUAUAUGGAUGAACCUAGCCAGCGUGAUGAUGCCUCUCACCUCGCAGUUCAGAUGGAAAACACCUACCAACUGGGUCCUACCAAACAUUUUCCUGUUGUCACUGUCAAUCAUAUACUGAAAGAUGUGUUAACUAACUACCUACAAGAAGAAAAAUAUGAACCAGAGCUCUGUAGACAGAUGACUAAAACGAUUUCUGAGAUUAUUAAAGCCCAGGUGAAGGACUUAAUGAUUCCACGAUAUAAGCUAAUUGUGAUGGUUCACAUUGGACAACUGACUGGCCAGAGCAUACUGAUUGGAAGCAGAUGCCUCUGGGAUCCUAAAAAUGAUACCUUUGCAUCUUACAUUUUCAGAAAUUCUUCUCUCUUUGCUCUUGCAAAUGUCUACACAGUUUACUUUGAGUGA